AGUCAGCAGUAAAAGUGUUGUGCCAAGAUGACAAAGGAACAAGCAACCGCAAUACCGGAAGAACUGUACAACCUCACACAAUUGGCUGAGGUUACAUUAGCUGCUGGACGACUCAGCACAACCAACAUAACAGAAAUUAAGGACUACAUCAAACGGCACAAGACUUUGGAGUACCUCUCAGAUGAGACACCAUCCCCAAUGACUACAUCUGAUGCCCCAAUGACAGAACCACAAAGCCACGUACCGGCAGCACCUACCGCGAACGAGAGCAAUGAGUUUUCGACUACUUUGUGGCGCAACAACCAGCAGUCGAUUAGUCAAACUCCACCUUAUGAGUCAAGAGAAUUUCAUAACGCCCAAAUAGAACACCAUAUUCGCAUUCCUGCCAUAGCAAUGACGCGUACAGCAUUCUAUUCAUCCUCCGAUGAUGACUCAAACUACUACAGUCACAAGGUGUUUGAUCGUAAGAAAUUACGGCGCUCCACAAUUUCCGACCACUCCCGCUAUGAUGAGCAUUCGUGUAGCAGUUUGCCGAGCUGCAGUAGUGAGGAGCCAUUUACGGGCUCCUCAAGUAACUCGAGCAACUCAGAGAGCAUUAAGUUGGGCAAUGGUUCUGAGGGAAGCGCCAAUAGCAACCAUUUGGCCGAAGAUGAACACGUUUGUCCGGAGUGUGGCAAGAAGUAUUCUACAUCGUCCAAUCUAGCGCGACAUCGACAAACUCACAGGUCAAUAAUGGACAAAAAAGCGCGACGAUGCCCCUACUGUGAAAAAGUCUACGUCUCAAUGCCCGCCUUCAGCAUGCACGUGCGUACCCAUAAUCAGGGCUGUGAAUGCCAGUACUGCGGUAAAUGCUUCUCUCGGCCAUGGUUGCUGCAGGGCCACAUACGCACACAUACCGGCGAGAAACCCUUCAAAUGCAGCGUUUGCAACAAAGCCUUUGCUGAUAAAUCCAAUCUACGCGCACACAUACAAACCCAUUCGAACACCAAGCCACAUACGUGUGGACGCUGCGGCAAAGCUUUUGCGCUCAAAUCUUAUCUGUACAAACACGAAGAGUCAUCGUGCAUGAAGAACAACCAUCGUGUCGGUGAGUCGCGCUCAAACCGUAACUCUACAAAUUCCGCAAACACAUCCUGUGCUAAAGCUAUGAGCACUCAAUCGACUUCAGAUUCAGCCAAGUCCACUUUGGCGACAAAACUCUUGCAGAAGGAAAAAGAACGUCGACAAGCUACGAUGACCUAUACCGAAAUUACACCGGAAUCUGUAGAAAAACCCUUCGAAAUCCAUACCGUUCUGACGCUAACGGACAGCAAUGGCGUAAACAAAACGAAUGUGAUGCAAGAGAAAUCCUACACAAUGCUUACGAGUCCCAUGUCUCAGGAGGAGUAUGAACGCUUCGAACGUAUCAGUGUCAUACAAUCGGCCACGCCUAGUGAUCUCAUUUAUCGUGAGCAAAUCAUUAGCGUUCAAGGCUUCGCCGACACAGCCACACAUAUGCCCAUACAAUUGUGUAAUCUAAGAAAUGAGAUACAUGAAGAUCAGGUGCAAGAACAGCCGAUGGACUUUUCGCCCAAAAAUAAUUUUACACAUUCAACAAAGACGAGCCCUUUUGAAUUGACCAGUAAUUAUGCAAUAUUGGCCUAAAGCAUGGAGCACUCAAAAUAUAGUUCAAAAAGACAAUGAAACAUUUGAAAAAGUUAGACUGUUAGUAUGUUUGGAAGAAUGAGACGAUAUGCUAUAAAAAUGGUGAAUUCUGUAAAAAGUGCAUAUGCAUAUGGAAAAUGCGUAAAUGACCGGAUUAAGUUUGAAUUGAUAACUGAUUUUUAUACGAUUUUUAACAAAUAUCCAGCUAAAAAGUUUGAUAGUUUUAAGCAAAAAAAAAAAAACCGAAAUUAACAAAGACUUAGUCGGCCUUUUCUGGGAUAUUCUGUAAGUAUUUCGCAACAAGACAUCCUUUUUGGAAAUUGUGUUCGUCAAACGAUUGAGUGUGCCUCAUUUCAAAAUUGAAAAUGCUUAGUCCGAACCAACAGGAAAGACAAACCAAUUACAACAUAAUCUUCCACAGGUGAGCACUCAUGCUUCCAGGGCUCUUGCCAGUCCUUAAGAGAUGUACACAUGAAAUAGUCGUUGGUACGAAAAUCGCAACCAAGUUAUUUGAACAUAGGGAGCAUUUGGCCUACUUAAGCUGAUUUUUUUUAAACCUGUUUUUUUAAUAUGUGGCUGAGAGCUAUAUCGCCUGUAACGUUUGACUUGUCUUGCAAAAUUUGGUGCACAACUGUUUUGCUUACACAAUUUUACACUUUUCUUAGGCAUAGACAAUUCUUUUUUAAAAGGAUGCUUGUGAAGACUUUUAUAAAAUACUUAUUGACCCGAAAGAUUUUGUUAAUAUUUUAAUUGCAAUAAAAUAAUUCAAUAGGUCUGGCUCAGAACUUCGCAAACGUUUGAAGUAGUGAAAUAAAUUCAGAUAUUAGAAUAAACGAAAAACAAAUAAAUGCAAUAAAAAAUAGUUUACCAAAGAAACAUUUGCACUUGUAGUUUAAUAGAAAACUGAUUGUGAUAAUUCUGAAAAAGAUUAGUAGUAGAAGAUUACAAAUUGUGUAAUAAGUAGAUACUUUCGUGUUUCUCACAAUGAACUACAUGAGAUAUAAGUAAAUACAUAUAUGCAUACAC